GUAGCAGCAGCUGUCAUACUGAGGCAUUACUUGUAGAAAGGGUUUAGAAAAGUGACAUUUCAUUUGCUUUGCUUUGACACGUCACUGCUUUGCACAGAUCCACUCUGUGUCGGAUCUUGGUGUGUGUCAGUGAUGAAGACCACUGCCGCUCUACUCUUGCUCUGUUUUUGGGUAAACACUGGCAUCCAUACUGCUCAAACAGGUUCAAAGUGUGGAGUUCCUCAAGUGUGGGGCCCAAUGGGUUCCUUUCUGAGGGUGGUUGGAGGGGCUGAGGCCACAUAUGGAUCUCACCCAUGGCUGGUUUCACUAAGGCUCAAGGGCUCUCAUUUCUGUGGAGGGGCUAUCCUGACUGAUCGUUGGAUAAUGACUGCUGCCCACUGCUUUGCAUCACUCUCAAAGGAGUCUCUCAGUAAUGUGAGCAUGGCAGUGGGAGAGUUUGACCGCAGAGUGAAUGAUGAAGAGGAGCAAGUGUUUCGUGUCAAAACUGUCACAGUGCAUGAGAACUACCAUCAUGCUUGGCCCAUGAGCUAUGACAUAGCCUUGGUAGAGCUGGAUCAACACAUCCAACUGGGGGUCCGUGUCCAGCCAAUAUGUUUACCUUUGCCUGAUGAGAAAAUCCUUCCACAAACCAGUUGCAUUGUGGGUGGAUGGGGCAGGAUAAAGGAAAAAGGUCGCCUUCCUGCGAUACUGAGAGAGGUCCAGUUGAAUUUGGUGGAACCAUCCAAGUGUAAAUAUGUUCUCCAGACUGUCCACAGUUCAGUUCUGCAUAAGAGGCCGGUCCAAUCUUGGUCAGCCAUGACAGUUCUUUGUGCCGGACCAGAGAGAGGAGGGAGAGAUGCCUGCCAGGGGGAUUCAGGGGGCCCUCUGGUGUGUCUGGCAGGGUCAGGCAGGGGUCCCUGGGUGGCACUGGGCAUAACUUCUUGGGGUAAGGGAUGUGGUCGGAGCUGGAAAAACAACAGCAUCCGCCCCCCUUCCAGAAGAGGAUCUCCAGGGGUGUUCACUGAUGUAAGGCUACUGCUGCCAUGGAUCAAACAUAAACUGCAAGAGGCUGAAGAGCAAAAGCUGGGAAUGACUUCAUCAAGACUCUGCAGGGUCACAGAUGGGCUUGUAACUGACAGGGAGGGGAUAAUCAGAAAUCCUGCCUUCCCCGGUGAUCACUAUAACAACAAUGAGUUCUGUGUGUGGAGUAUCAGUGUUCCUCAAGGUUAUAGUAUUCUGUUGGAAUUUGAGCAUUUUGAUCUGGAGAAUGACUCUUACUGUCGCUACGAUCGACUCACUGUUUCAGUGGAGACCCAAAGGCCUGUAGGGAUAUUCUGUGGAAGUGUCCUACACAGCCAUGUAUUUCUAAAUCAAUCCCAGAAUGCAACGCUUCUGUUCUCCUCUGACAUUAACAGAACAGGAAGCGGCUUUGUCAUUAGGCAUCGGGUUGUCCAGGGAUACUCUCCUGGAUGCGGGGCAGUUGUUCUGGUUGAAGAUGAGAUUGUUGUCCAAAGUCCGAAUUACCCACAAUCCUACAGCAACAGCUGUGUCCUCCGCUGGGUUGUCUAUGCUCCACAGGAUCACGUUGUUAAGCUGGAUUUUGUGGAUUUUGAGCUGGAGCAGUCAGACAGAUGCUUGUAUGAUUUCCUCACCAUCCUGGGAGAUAUGGAAGAAACAGAAGAAAUAGCGGUGCUGUGUGGUGGCAGUACCCCCCCUCCUGUGCUGUCCUACCACAGAACCAUGGUGCUUCAGUUCACUUCAGACAGCAGCAUCACACACAGAGGCUUCAGGGCUAUACUAGCAUUCAUCAGUCUUGCAGACCUCCAUGAUCAGGACAGAGCUGGGGAAGAAGUUCAAAGAGACACGUGGAGAAGUCACCAAGACACUCCGACAGCUAAACAGCCAGGUGUAACAUCAUACGCAGACCCAGAUGUGCAGCAUUCCAGCAGCUUAGCUGUGUCUUACCAAGGUGAAGUGGACCACAAGACAUCACAAGACGAUCCUGAAAUGCAUAUGGCCAUGGAGACAGAUGACGAGGACAAUAGUGGAGAAUCCUCUGGGUGGUGACCUGCCACAAGGAGGAGGCCUCUAGAUGAUGAUGGUAUUGCAGAUUUAAUCUCAGAUGAGGAUGAGUGAUCACUGAAGUGUUUAAGAUGUGGUAGUUUAGAAAGCUGAGGUCUUGCUGACUUUGGCUCCUUUUCUAUAAAGGCUGAGCAGGAUUUUAUCCCAGUAUGCAACACAGAUUUUUCAAUCCAACACAUGUUACAGCCUUUACAUUAUGAUAAAACUAAAUAUGAUUAUCAUUACAAUCACAGUGAUUCUGAUGUUUAAGACAAGUCUGUUGUUUCUGUUUUUCAGCAGGUAUGGUCAGGCUUUCAUGGCUUCUGCAUGUGUCAAACUUUUAUUUGUUCUUUUUAGUUUUCCCACUUUUUAUUCACAGUUAAUUGCAUAACAUGUGCUACGGUGUUACACUGACUUGGGCUGACUGACUUGAGUUUGGUGAGGUGUGGACUAUGUAACCAAGUUAUUAUUGUUGCCACAUUUUUGGUUAUUGUGACAAUAAAUAUACCAGAAAUCAGCCUACUAUUAUUUUUUUCCAUCCUAUUCUGAGCCCUGCUAGCAGCUCUGGGGAGGGCAAUGUUGGUCCAUCAUUCAGUCUGCUACACUACUGAGUCAGAUGUUAAUGUCACAACAAUUUUUGGAUGGAUUGCCAGAAAAUGUUUGUACAGACAUUCAGAGCCCCAGGAGAUGAAUUUAGUGAUCAUGUGACUUUUCCUGUAGCACCAGCAUGA